AUGCAGAUCUUUAACCUCCCCAGCACAGUCAUCCUCUUCUCCAUAUCCCAUACCCUCAUCCACUCCGCACUCGCAACCCCCGUCCCACGCGGGACGACGCCUCUGACCACGGAUUAUGACUAUGGAUACGACCAAAUCCAAGCCAAGACGAGCACGACGGGUACCCCCAACCUUGGAGGCGUCGGCAACGUCAACAAGCAACAGCUUGGACAGACGACGGGGACGAUGGCAGCAGCAGGAGUAGUCACAACGCAGCAGCGACCACCCGCCCAGAAACAACAGCAGGUAUCGGCCGGUCCGCAGUCGGUAAAGACGACGACCACGACCACCAGCACGGCACCUCCAAAGAACGCCAUGUCCCAGCAGCAGCAGCAGCAGCCGCCGCAGCAUCCGGCGGCCGCGGUGAGCCCCUGGUUGGACGUGGCUGACCUGCGCAAGGAGCUGGUGGUCGACCCGGCCAUCUUCAAGUCGAUGUUUUACCACCCCAGCCCCAAGCAAAUGAUGAGGGAAAACCCCGUUAUGUUCAUAACCCACAUCCGCGGCUACGAGCCCGAAAAGACCUUCUCGGACCCGGCCGCUGUGAUGACAAACGAUCAGGUCGUGAACAAGUUCAGAGAGUCCGAAUUUGGCCUUCCUGCAAAUCUCUUUCCUAAGCUAACCUACUACAAGAUUGAGACCUCUAAGGUGGCCCCGAGUACUGCAGGUGGGAAAGGAAAAACUGUAUACAACCUGGUGGAACUGUAUAAUGAGAUGAUGAGAGUAGGCGCCGAACUUGCCCUCGACCCUGAGGACAUAGUCAUCGCUACCGAUAUGACGUUGGUCAAUAUCGAACUCAAGUCUGACACCAUGGGCAAAGUGGUUGGCGAUGUGAGUCGGGGAUUUAGAAAGGCUACGACUUGGAAAUAG